UGGAAAAUUAAGAAAUAAAUCAAGCAAUAAAUCAAGACUUUGUCUUUGUCUUUUCAUUUAGUGGAAUAGAAGAUGAACUCAACUGAAUUCAGUGAAGAUGUAGAAGAAGUUCUAAAAAAUAACACUGUGAAAGUGGAGACAGAGGCCGAAGAUGCUGCCCUGGACUGCUCGGUGAGCUCCAGGUCUUCCGAGAAGCACCCUCUGGACAGCGUCUUCACUGCCCUCCAGGAUUCCAGCAAGCGAAAGCAGCCGGGCGGCGAUGGCCAGCCUGACUCUGUCCCCAGCGUGAAGAGGCGGCGGCUGAUUCCCGAGGCCCUCCUAGCAGGCAUGCGGAACCGGGAGAACAGCUCGCCCUGCCAGGGCAACGGGGAGCAGGCCGGCAGGGGCAAGAGCCUGGGCUCGGCGUGGCCCGGCGAGGAGGAGCCCUGCAACGAUGGGAGCACGCCGUCCUACAAGAAGCCUCUGUAUGGCAUCUCGCACAAGAUCAUGGAGAAGAAGAACCCUCCCGCCGGCGACGUGCUCAGCACGUACGAGCUCUUCGACAAGGCCAACUCCAGCAACAGCCCAUCGCCGCUGCGGCUCCUGAACGAGCCCCAGAAGCGGGACUGCGGCGGCGCCGCGGCCGCCACCGACGCUGACCCCAACAUCUACUUUCUGAUCCAGAAGAUGUUCUACAUGCUCAACACGCUCUCUUCCAACAUGUCGCAGCUGCACAGCAAGGUGGACCUGCUCUCCCUGGAGGUGAGCCGCAUCAAGAAGCAGGUGAGCCCCACCGAGAUGGUGGCCAAGUUCCAGCCGCCCCCCGAGUACCAGCUCACGGCGGCGGAGCUCAAGCAGAUCGUGGACCAGAGCCUGUCGGGCGGCGACCUGGCCUGCCGCCUGCUGGUGCAGCUCUUCCCCGAGCUCUUCAGCGACGUGGACUUCUCGCGCGGCUGCAGCGCGUGCGGCUUCGCGGCCAAGCGGAAGCUGGAGUCGCUGCACCUGCAGCUCAUCCGCAACUACGUGGAGGUCUACUACCCCUCGGUGAAGGACACGGCCGUGUGGCAGGCCGAGUGUCUGCCCCAGCUGAACGACUUCUUCAGCCGCUUCUGGGCCCAGCGGGAGAUGGAGGACAGCCAGCCCGGCGGCCAGGUGGCCGGCUUCUUCGAGGCCGAGCAGGUGGACGCCAGCCACUUCCUGGACAGCAAGGACCAGGAGGAGGCCCUGUCCCUGGACCGGAGCAGCACCAUCGCCUCAGACCACGUGGUGGACACGCAGGACCUCACCGAGUUCCUGGACGAAGCGUCGUCCCCCGGCGAGUUCGCCGUCUUCCUCCUCCACCGGCUCUUCCCCGAGCUCUUCGACCACCGGAAGCUGGGCGAGCAGUACAGCUGCUACGGGGACGGCGGCAAGCAGGGGCUGGACCCGCAGCGGCUGCAGAUCAUCCGCAACUACACGGAGAUCUACUUCCCCGACAUGCAGGAGGAGGAGGCCUGGCUGCAGCAGUGCGCCCAGCGCCUCAACGACGAGCUCGAGGGCCUGGCGCUGGACGGCGGCAGCGAGGGCGAGCCCGCGCGCGACGACUGCUACGACUCCUCCAGCCUGCCCGACGACGUCUCCGUGGUCAAGGUGGAAGACAGCUUCGAGGGCGAGCGGCCGGGCCGGCGCUCCAAGAAGAUCUGGCUGGUGCCCAUCGACUUCGACAAGCUGGAGAUCCCGCAGCCCGACUUCGAGGUGCCGGGCGCCGACUGCCUGCUGAGCAAGGAGCAGCUGCGCAGCAUCUACGAGAGCAGCCUGUCCAUCGGCAACUUCGCCUCGCGCCUGCUGGUGCACCUCUUCCCCGAGCUCUUCACGCCCGACAACCUGCGCAAGCAGUACAACUGCAGCGGCUCCCUGGGCAAGAAGCAGCUGGACCCGUCCCGCAUCAGGCUCAUCCGCCACUACGUGCAGCUGCUGUACCCGCGCGCCAAGAACGACCGCGUCUGGACGCUGGAGUUCGUGGGCAAGCUGGACGAGCGCUGCCGGCGCCGCGACACGGAGCAGCGGCGCUCCUACCAGCAGCAGCGCAAGGUCCACGUGCCGGGCCCCGAGUGCCGGGACCUGACGAGCUAUGCGGUCAACCCCGAGAGGUUCCGAGAGGAAUUCGAGGGGCCCCCGCUGCCCCCCGAAAGAAGCAGCAAGGACUUCUGCAAGAUCCCCCUGGACGAGCUGGUGGUUCCCUCGCCCGACUUCCCGGUGCCUUCGCCGUACCUGCUGUCGGACAAGGAGGUGCGCGAGAUCGUGCAGCAGAGCCUGUCGGUGGGCAACUUCGCCGCCCGGCUCCUGGUCAGGCUCUUCCCGGAACUCUUCACUGCCGAGAACCUGCGGCUGCAGUACAACCACUCGGGCGCCUGCAACAAGAAGCAGCUGGACCCCACGCGCCUGAGGCUCAUCCGGCAUUACGUGGAGGCCGUGUACCCGGUGGAGAAGAUGGAGGAGGUGUGGCACUACGAGUGUAUCCCGAGCAUCGACGAGCGGUGCCGCCGCCCCAACAGGAAAAAAUGCGACAUCCUGAAGAAAGCCAAGAAGGUGGAGAAGUGA